CCCACCCCACACUCCCCUUUCUCUGAAAAGAAGCCGCGAUACGGUUUCCUCGGCCUCGGCAGCGUUCUCAUGGCGGACGGCGUGCUCAUAGCGGACGGCAACCUAAGGUUGGAGAAGGCAGUAGACGAGAGUGGCUUCCUAGAGCCUUUCUUCUACGACGAGGCGGAGGUCGUGGCAGAAGCGGCGGCGGCGGCGGAGAGGCGGCAGCGGGAGGCUGAGGAGAAGGCGGCGGAGCAUGCGCGGAAGAUGGAGGAAUUCAGGCGGAGAAAAGCAGCGCAUCAGGCCGUCAUCGACAGGAUCCGCGAGUACGAUUCCAAGACGGGGAAAGUCUGCUACACCCGAUUCUUCAACACGGACUUCUCCGUAUUUGACAUCGACGAGGAGUCUCCUUUGGCUCCAAUGCGAUACACUCACAAAACACCAUCCAAAUACACCAACUCACUCGGAAGACAGGUGUACGACGUGUCUGACUCUGUAAACAUCCUCUCAGUGAAGAUAGUCUCUUCGGAUGUGGGAUUUCCGCUAAAGGUGUAUGGUACCGUGAUUGCAAGAGAUUACCUCGAUUUCAAGUGUGUCUAUCUGUUCCGUCGCAGUACAGAGGAUUAUCAGCUCAUCAACUCAGAGGAUCAAUCGUUGAUCUUGACUGGACCAACUCGAGGACUUGUGUUACUAGAUAGUAUAUAUUUUGAGGUGGAUCUUAAGAUCAAGGAUGACCAAGGGAAGAAAGACCAAGAACUUAGCAAGGGACUGUGUGUGAUUGAUGGCAUAUUAAUGGGAGGGGAGGAACAUGGUCAUGUUGGACGUGAAGACCUUGAUAGCAGGCUGAGCACUGUAGAGGUGAAAUUUGCAGUAGUUAAACUUGCAGUGGAGGCUACCCUUGAAAUCAAGGUUCUCAAAGGAGAUUUCUAUGGAGAAAUCACAGCUUGCACCUCCAGGAUUCAGGAUCGCCUGGUGCUUCAUGAUAGCAAAGCAGGUGGUGUAAUCUGUGAUGGUACUGGAAUGCUCCAGUUGUGGCGCCGUGUUGUAACUGUUGGAAUGAAGGAUAUGCUUUUAUUAACGGUUGCUACCCAGGCUAGUGAUGUGGCAACUGCCUCUGCUACAAGAACCAUUAAUUUCACUCCACAUGUGAACGGUGCAGAGGAAGAUGAAAUUACCUGUGGUGCUGUUAAGAUGCUUAUCAAGGUCAACUGGUCAUUAUUUCAAUUGUAAACUUUGAUGCACCUAUGCUUAUAAUUGACCUAUGUAAUGGUUGCUAAUGCGUCUCUUCAUGGAGCUAAGUAGUGUUUGAUGCAAUUAUAUUUCAGCUGUAGACUCUGAUUUGUUGCCUAUAUGACAAGUUGAGCUAUUUAGAGGUUGCUAAUGUACUUGGAUCUCAUGAAACUGAA